AUGACUCGCAGAGCGACCGGGAAAUCCGCAGAGACUCGGCGAUCUGCAGCGUCGAAAAAGACGAGAAGCAGGACAGUUGUCUCCUCGCGCGUCUCCUCGUGUGGCUCCUCACUCAGCCACCGUCGAGAGCCUCCAGCCGACACCGAAUCGCCACCAGACGACAGUUGGCUGGCUUGGUUCUGCGGGAGACCCGGAAACGAAGUGUUCCUCGUCGUCGACCUGGCUUUCAUCCAGGAUCCGUUCAACCUGGUCGACUUGGCCGACUCGGUCCCUCGCUUCGGGGAAGCGUUGGGCGUCAUCACGGGGAAGAAGCCGACGCCCCACCGGCUGGCCGACACCAGUCUCUCAGCCUCGGCCGAGAAACUCUACGGCCUCGUGCAUCGUCGCUUCACGCUCUCGGAAAGAGGCCUCUAUCUCAUCUACCAAAAAUGGAAGAACCGCACCUACGGCGAAUGCCGCCGAGUGUUCUGCCCCCACCAGCCCCUCCUCCCAACCGGCUCGACCGACACCCCCUCCGCCCUCCACGACACCCCCUCCGCCCUCCACCUCUACUGCCCUCGAUGCAUGGACGUGUACCGUCCAUCGCAUGCACGGCAUCGGGCGGUGGACGGAACUUUCUUCCCUCCGUCCCUGCCUCAUCUGUUCUUCAUGGUCUAUCCCCGGUACAGACCCGAACUUCCGCAAGAAGAGCACGUCCCCAGGAUCUUCGGCUUCGAGAUCCACCCGUCGGCGGUCCCGUACCAGCAGAGGAUUGCCGAUCGCAAGGAUCGGCGGAAAGCGAAGAGGGAAUCUCCGGAUCGGAUCUCGACCGAUGGGAAAAACCCCAAAAUGGGGAUUCCGAAAUGA